AUGCUCCGCCCGUGGAAAGUCGCGACGCUUUUCUCACCUACAGCCUGCAGCCUCUCUCCUUCAUGCUGUCAACUUAGCCGCAGUCUUACUCCAUCCCCGGCCGUCCAUCUUCCUCUGCCUCCUCAGAAUACGUUCGGCCGAUCUGCUGUCCCGUCCGAAGUCGGCUCCGCGUCCGACCAACCCGUCUUCUCGCACCAGACACGGCGCACACGCACCUCCGAUCACUGA